AUGGUCGGCAUACCUACUCUCUCUCUCCUGUUGGUCCUGGCAGAGUGGAGAGGCCCGGCGGAUGCCUCCCCCCACCUGCUGCUGCGGCCCAGCCCACGGGAGCGCGACGCGGGGACAAUGAUGAACUUCAACAUCGCCGUCAUCCACGCCGGCGCGACCGUCCAGGCGGAGGCGGCCAUGGCCGGGCCCGGGGGACGGGUGCUCUACCCCGGCUUUGGCCGGGUGUACGGUUCCCUGGGGGAGAGCGUGGUCACCCAGUGGGGCUCUGCGAACGUCAUCUGGCUACAGGUGAACGACAGCAGCCCUAAGACGGUGCUGUCACAGCUGUGUGAUCUGCUGGCUGCGAGGCCCCUGCAGGGUCUGGUCUACGAAGAGGAGAGGCCCCCACGCACGGCCUGGGGUCCUUUGGCCCCCAUGCUGGAGUUUGUGUCGGCCCAAACGGGACUGCCCAUAGUGGCUGUAGGAGGGGGAGCGGGGCUGGGGAGGAUGCCACAGGAAACAGGUUCCAUCUUUCUCCAGUUCAGCUCUUCGACGGCCCUCCAACUAGAGGUCAUAUUUGAGGUGCUGGAGGAGUACGACUGGACCGCUUUCUCUGUGGUGUCUACACGCCACCACGGUUACCAGGAGUUCCUUUCUGUGGUUGAGGGCCUGACGGACGGCUCCUUCAUCGGCUGGGAAAAGAAGAGCGUGGUUGUCCUGAACGUGACUGACGACCCCGGGGGUGCGCGCACUCGCAGGCUGCUGAAGGAGAACGAGGCGCAGGUCCGCUUGCUGUACUGCUCUCAGGAGGAGGCCGAACUGGUCUUCCGAGCGGCCUGGGCCGCGGGUCAGGCCGGAGCCUCUCACAUGUGGUUCGCCGUGGGGCCGGCGCUCUCAGGUUUAGGCAUGGAGAGCCUGCCCAGGGCUCUGUUUGCCGUGCGGCCCCAGGGGUGGAGGGACGAACCCCGCCGCAGGAUCGCAAGAGGCGUGUCGGUAUUGACGCACGGGGCCGUGGCCAUGCGCAAGGAUUAUGGGACGACAGGCGGGCCGAACUUUGUCACCAACUGCAUGACGGAUGCCAAUCAGACACAGAGAAUGCGGGGCAGGAUGAGGUACUUCAGCAACAUCACGCUUGGUGGACGAGAUUACUCUUUCGACGCUGACGGCUACCUGGCCAAUCCCUUCUUGGAUGUCAUUUCCUGGACACCUGGGAGAGGAUGGGAAGAUGUAGGCUGGUGGGAGAAUGGCGUACUGAGGCUGCGACACCCAGCCUGGUCCCGCUACGGGCCUUUCCUCAAACCUCCAGACGAUGCUCAGCACUUGCGUGUUGUCACACUGGAGGAACGACCGUUUGUCAUUGUGGAGCUGGCAGACCCUGCGUCUGGAACUUGCAUCCGAGACUCAGUGCCCUGCAGACGGCCCCUCAACAACAGUGCCAACCAAGAGGGAGUAGCUCCCAUGAAGCAAUGCUGCAAGGGCUUCUGCAUCGACAUCCUCAAGAGAUUGGCUAAGAUAGUCGGCUUCACCUAUGACCUUUACCUAGUGACCAACGGAAAGCACGGGAAGAAAAUUGACGGCAUUUGGAACGGCAUGAUUGGAGAGGUCGUAUACAAGCGGGCAGACAUGGCCAUCGGUUCUCUGACUAUCAAUGAGGAGAGGUCUGAGGUCGUGGAUUUCUCUGUCCCUUUUGUAGAAACGGGGAUCAGUGUCAUGGUCUCCCGUAGCAACGGAACUGUAUCACCAUCUGCUUUUCUAGAGCCCUACAGCCCAGCAGUGUGGGUGAUGAUGUUCGUCAUGUGCCUGACCGUAGUGGCUGUGACCGUCUUCAUCUUCGAGUUCUUCAGUCCCGUGGGCUACAAUCGCAGUCUACAAACUGGCAAGAAGUCUGGAGGGUCCACUUUCACUAUAGGGAAGUCGGUGUGGCUUUUAUGGGCCAUUGUAUUCAAUAACUCUGUGCCAGUGGAGAACCCCAGAGGAACAACGAGCAAGAUCAUGGUGCUGAUCUGGGCCUUCUUUGCCGUCAUCUUCCUGGCCUCGUACACUGCUAACCUGGCGGCCUUCAUGAUCCAGGAGGAGUACAUUGACACGGUGUCAGGGCUCUCAGACAAGAAGUUUCAGCAUCCCGAAGAGCAGUACCCACCGCUCAAGUUCGGCACGGUCCCCAACGGGAGCACCGAAAAAAACAUCCGCUCCAACUACCCGGAUAUGCACCAGUACAUGGGAAAAUACAACCAGAGGGGAGUGGAGGACGCCAUUCUCAACUUGAAAACAGGGAAACUGGAUGCUUUUAUUUAUGACGCUGCAGUAUUGAACUAUAUGGCCAGGAAGGACGAAGGUUGUAAGGUGAUGACCAUAGGCUCGGGGAAGGUUUUUGCCACCACAGGCUACGGUAUCGCCCUGCACAAAAACUCACGCUGGAAACGUCCUCUUGACCUGGCCCUUUUGCAGCUGGUGGGAGAUGAUGAAAUUGAAAUGCUGGAGCGCCUUUGGCUGUCAGGUAUCUGCCAUAAUGACAAAAUUGAGGUGAUGAGCAGUAAGCUAGAUAUUGACAACAUGGCUGGGGUCUUCUACAUGCUUCUGGUGGCUAUGGGCCUCAGCCUACUGGUGUUUGCCUGGGAACACUUGGUCUACUGGAAGUUGCGUCAUUGCAUGGCCACCAGCUCAGGCAAACUCGACUUUCUCCUAGCCAUCAGUAGAGGCAUGUAUAGCUGCUGUAGCUUUGAAGAUGAAACAGCGCCAGGGGGUCCUAAAUCAUUGGGUUCUCAUCACCACACUGCAAUGGUUGCUGUCCCAUCCCAAGCGCAUGUUAUCUCAACGUCGAUGACCAGCCCAACUAUUGCUAUAGCACAGCAGCAGCAACCACCACAACAGCAACCACAGUCGGUUUACAAGACGCCUCUUCCUGGCUCUCCUCCCACCGUGGUGCAUUCAGGAACAGCAGUGGGUCCCUCCAGCACCCCCAUUGCUGGCGCACCCCUCCCUUGCUCCACCUUCCUGCCCAGGCCAGACCGCAGACUGGCUGUGGUGGAUCGCUGGAGACUGCCCAAAUCUGCCACAGCUACCAACCCAAGGGCUGUAAGGGGAGGCAUUCCUGACAUGGGACCCUUCGCUCAAAAAAUCCCACCAAACUGGGCUUCAUCUGCUGGAGGAGGUGGGGGACUUGAUGGUUAUAAGAGAUACUAUGGUCCCAUUGACCCUGAGGGACUGGGGCCCUGCAUGGAGCAGCAGGCAGGGUCCCAGACCCCCAAGACUAUGCCUAGGGGCCACCCCCAGCCACCUCCAGCCAUGGCUGCUAAACCUCUUGGAACUCCAAGACUGCCUCCUAAGAGUCAAGCCCCUCUGCCUCCUACACCCCCACUGCCACACCCCUCUCCCCCUCUCCCCUCGUCCUUUUGGAGAAGACGAAGGCCCAAGAAGCCAAAAGAACCUGGAGGGCCACUGUAUGAGAACAUUCUGCCCCUGGGGCGGAGGGUAGAGGCACGUGAUGGAGUGAGGGAGGGAGGAGGAAGGAGGGCACGCCCCCUUUCUCCCCCACUUUCACUUCCUGUGCCAGUACCCCUCAGCCCCUCUUACACCCCUCCCUCGCCAUCAGCCUCCUUGCACUACACGUCCUCAUCAUCUUCGUCGACUACAUCGUCAACAUCCACAUCAACUUCAGCAUCAUCGUCUCGUUCUUCAUCCCCCACGUACUCUUAUAGCUCCUCCAGGAGUACACGGGACAGGGCCCGAGGACUUGAUGAAGAAGAGGAAGAUGAUGAUGAGGAGCUGACGGAAGAGUCAAGCCUUCUCCUCGGGAGGGGGCGAGAGAGGGAACGCUCAAUCAUCCGGCCUCGUUCCUUGAGCCACGGGCGCUUGCCUCCACCUAUACCGCCCAGGAAACCACGAACACCCUGGGGUGACAGAGAACGUGAACGGGAGAGAGGGGGCAGCCAGCUGUCUCAACUUCAAGAGUGGUGGGCAAGCUGGAGUGAAAGAGAGAAAAGUGGAGCUGGCGGAAAUGCAGAGAGACAAAAACGUGAAAAGAAGAGAAGGAAAGAAAAAGAGAAGAAGAAAAAGAAAAAGAACAAAAAGAGAAAGAAAAGGGAAGAACGGGAAAGAGAACGUGAGAGAGAACGGAAAAGACGAAAAGUGAAAAAGAAGAAGAAAAAAGCACUCAAGACAAAGAAAAGGAAGAAAUCUACCGGGGGUAAAAGAUCAGAGCCAGAAGAUGGAGAUGUAGAGCCAGAGAGGGAAGGAGAUGUUGAAGGAGAGAGAGAAGGAGGAAUACAGGACUAUUCCUUUUCUUCCCAGUAUCGGAGUACUUUUGGAGAGAAGCGGAGGGAUUCAUGGGAGGGAGAGCGGGAGAGAGUUGGGAGAGAUGGAGGAGAGGAGGGCAAUGACAGGGAGGGGGAGGACAGUGGAAGAAGCAGAGAAAGGCAUUCCAAAUCAACACACAUUCAUUCCAGACACCGUACCCCCAGUAAGCGUUACCCCAACCUUAACAAACUCCCUGCGUCGGUCAAAUUUUGGGUAAACGGAAGAGGAGAUGAUUCAAACACUCCCCCCACAUCCCUGCACCCCUUUCUCCCAUCUAGCAAGCGACGAAGAAGUGGAGGCAUAGAUAGAGAAGAUAGUGGUAGAGGAGGAGAGAGGCGUCCUCUGUUAAUGCCCUAUGAAAAAGAGAAAGCGCAGACCAGGGAAGGGCUUUCCUUGCAUGAGUGGGAUUCCGAUGAUGAUGAUGAUGACGAAAAUGACGAGGAUGAGGGAGAAGAGGAGGAUAGGGAAAGAGUUAGGGAUAGGGAUCGUGUGAUGGGGAGAGGAAGAAGGGCAGGUAGGGGAGCAGUUUCUGAAACAGAGAGGGAUAGGAUAGAAAGGAGGGUAGAUGACAGCUACUCAGAUGAAGGCUCAUCAGGGGAGUUUGGACGUUUUGAAAGGUACUGGGAAGGUGGGGGGAACAGCUCUGGGAUAGGAGGUAUAGGAGGCGGAGGCUGGUUCUUUGGAACGUACCCCUCGAGAGAAAGAGGAGGCAGUAUCAACAGUCGGGAUGAUUCACUUCUUGGAACAAGGGCAGAGGGAUGGAUUAGUACUGAUUUUUGGAGUUCAGGGGCAGGUGUAGGUUGGGAAUCAGGGGGAGGCAGUGGGGGACUGGGCUCACAGUGGCCGCCGCCCCCGUCAGCCUUCCCUCCGCCAAGGAGAUACUGGUCUAUGGACAAGAUCCCAAUUAAGGGAGAGAAAAAGUGGAAGACCGCAGCCUUUACCCACAUCCCCACCCUUACCCACAUCCACAUAGCCGCUCACACGCUUCCCAUACCAAAAGACGACCCACCUCACUAUCGCAUAGCCAGGAAGAGCUUCUCCCCCACUGCCACAGUUUCAGUGGGGGGUCCAGACCCAAACCUCUUCCUCCAAACAGCCAUCUCUGUCUCCCACUACCCUCCCAAUGCCUAUCCCGCCUCCGCCCUCCUCAUCUUCGGUCUCACCUCCAGCAGGGGUGGGGAUGGCUGGCCCGAGCCUGAUGCAGGCUUCAGCCAGUGCCAAACUCCAGUACCAGAGACUCCGUUCUGUGCCACAGCCACGAAGGUUCUACUCACCUCACCUGCCACUUAA